AUGGCAGUUGAGGAUGCAAUCCAUGGCAGCUAUGAAGUGAGCUUCACCAAAAAAACUAUCGUAAAAGCUGUUGGACCUUUGCCAGAAUCUCAUAUUCUUACCCUCUCAAACCUUGACCUCCUUUCAGGCCGCUUUCCAGUAACAUACUUCUAUUUCUACCGCAAAUCCCUUGUUGAUAACUUCACAACCACCACUGAGGCCCUUAAAUUCUCCCUAGCGAAAACACUCAAUCAUUUCUACCCAUUUGCUGGUCGAAUAGUCCAAAACCCAAGCACCGGUGAGCCAGAAAUCAUAUGUGACAACAACGGUGCUCUUGUCGUAGAAGCCUGUGCAAACAUCCCUCUCAACAAACUGGACUUCUAUGAUCUUAACCAAUCUCUUCAAGGGAAACUAGUCUCUAUUGAGCAGGAAUUUCCGUCGCAAAUCCAAAUAACAUGUUACACUUGUGGAGGAAUAUCUAUAACCUUCACAUUUGACCAUGCGCUAGGUGAUGCUAGUGCCUUCGGUAAGUUUCUAGUUACCUGGUCUGAAAUAGCCAGGGGAAAGAACAUUUCUUGUGAACCUGAUCAUGGCAGGUGUCUACGUGCCCGGUUUCCUCCUACUUAUGACCCCUGGGUAGACCAAGCUUUCGCCUCUUGCACCAUUGAAGACAUAAUAAAUAUACCAACAGCAAAUAUCGUGCUCAAGCGCCUCUAUCAUAUCGAUGUUACAAGCAUCAAUCGGCUGCAAAAACUCGCAUGUGUUGAUGGUAGCAGAAGAACUAAAAUUGAGGCUUUCUCUGCUUAUAUCUGGAAGGUUAUGGUUCGAGCCAUUAAUGAAAAUCAAAAGCACUGUAAGAUGGGAUGGUUAGUAGAUGGAAGAGCCAGGAUGAGCAAAAACAAGAACUCCAUGUCAAAUUACAUUGGAAAUGUUCUGUCCCUGGCUUUUGGAGAAGCAAGCAUGGUCGAACUGAAGCAUGGAUCUUUAUCAGAUAUCGCCAAGAUAGUUCAUGAGGCAAUUUCAAAGGUAACUAAUGAAGCUCAUUUCUUGGACUUAAUUGAUUGGAUUGAGUGCCAUAGGCCAGGAUUAAUGCUAUCAAAGCUCGUGCUAGGUCGUGCUGGACCUGCUCUUGUAGUUUCGUCAGGACGGAAGUUUCCAGUAACUGAACUAGACUUCUCUUUUGGAAGCCCAGUGCUUGGGACUGUCUGCUCCACCAUAGAAAGGAUUGGAGUUGGUUAUGUAAACCAACGGCAAAGUGCAAGAGGCGAUGGCUCUUGGACUGUAUCAGCAAUCUUAUGGCCAGAAUUAGCUGCAGCACUGGAGUCGGAUAAUGAUCGCAUUUUCCAGCCGAUGACUGCGAAUCUUCUUCAGAUAUAACCCUAUUCAACAACUGUUACAGAAUAUGAAGGGUAUAGUAAUAUAAGUGUAAGGCACUGUGAUGAAAUUACUUCAGUAAGAUAGGGACCACCCCAUGAUGUUAUCAUUAUAAAUAAAAUAUUUGUUUUAC